AGCCAGCUGGGCGGGGUUAUAGGGACGCUGCAUCUCCUCUCUUCACUGGCAUAGAAGAAGUCAGUUCGGAAGUUUUCCGGAAGUAGCCGAAGGUUGAGGGGGCUCGCGACCGGAUGGCACAUUGAGAGGAACGGUCAGAAGAAGAGAGCGAGGAGGAGGGGCUGGAGGGGGCCCGGAGCAGAGGGGGUAAUAAGUUGGUGACCCGGAGUAAUUAUGAGAGGGCUGGGGUGGUGACCCGGAGUACACCGACCAGACAUUCCUUCCUGUUCAUGGCUUGUCCGGUACAGACCGAGACGGUGACCCGACACACAGGUUGCCUCAGGGUGUUCUCACCCAUCCAAAUUAAUCCAGAAAUUACAGUCCAUGUCCUGCUGACUCCUUUCUCAUUAACUGCGACUAUGGGCUCUUUAAGUAGUAAACUUCUAGGCCAAGAAUCUACUAAGCCAGCUGGCGCUUGUGAAUGUAGAAAGAGAAAGCGGAUCUCAGAAUGUCAGUGUGACAGUGACAGCGAAGAGGAGAUAGAGGACCUACUCAACACACCUCGAAGAAAGAAGCUGAAAAGUACAUCAAAAUAUAUUUACCAGACCCUCUUCUUGAAUGGUGAGAACAGUGAUAUUAAGAUAUGCGCACUUGGAAAUGAAUGGAACCUGCACAAAAUCUACCUCUGUCAGUCUGGAUACUUUUCCAGUAUGUUCUGUGGUUCCUGGAAAGAGUCGCGCAUGAAUGUGAUAGAACUGGAGAUUCCGGAUCACAAUAUUGAUACAGAAGCUCUGCAGGUGGCAUUUGGCUCUUUGUACAGAGAUGAUGUCUUACUAAAACCCUGCCGCGUCAUAGCCAUUUUAGCAGCCGCCUGCAUGCUCCAGCUGGAUGGUUUAAUUCAGCAGUGUGGUGAAACCAUGAAAGAAACAAUAAGCGUACAAACUGUAUGUAGCUAUUCCACAGCAGCUGGUGUCUACGGGUUAGACUCGGUAAAGAAAAAGUGCCUUGAAUGGCUUCUCAACAACCUAAUGACCCAUCAAAGUGUUGACUUAUUUAAAGAGCUCAGCAUCAAUAUGAUGAAGCGGCUGAUCUCAUCCCCUGACCUUCUUGUAAUGCAGGUAGAAAUGGAUGUAUACACUGCUUUAAAAAAGUGGAUGUUUCUGCAAAUAGUGCCUUCCUGGAAUGGAUCCCUCAAACAGUUGCUGCCUGAAGCAGAUGCAUGGUUCGCCAAGCGCAGGAAAGAGUUGGAGGAAAGUAACAUUGUGUUCUUGGAAACUGAGCAGGGUUGCCAAUUUGUGCCAGUCUUCAGGUAUUUGAGAAUGCAGUACAUCAUCAGUGACCUGGCAUCAGCAAAAAUUAUUGAACGGGAUGCUUUGAUUCCUUCAGAGUGGCUGUCCUUUGUAUACAAGCAGCAGUGGUUCACUAUGCUGCGAGCUGAGCAGGAUAAUGACACUGGCCCUCAAGAGAUCAAUAAAGAUGAACUAGAGAGCAACAGCAUGCGAUGUGGCAGGAGACUUACGAAGGAUGGAGAUUACUGUUGGCGAUGGACUGGAUUUAACUUCGGUUUUGACUUGUUGGUCACUUACACAAACCGAUAUAUCAUAUUUAAAAGGAACACUUUGAAUCAGCCAUGUAGUGGCUCAGUCAGUCUGCAGCCACAAAGAAACAUUGCAUACAGAUUGCGCUUGUUGUCAUUCGAUAACAAUGGUAAAGUCAUCUGCAAUAGAACAAGUGGCUAUCAGAUCCUUGGCCUUGAGAAAGAUCAGGAACAAGUUAUAAUGAACUUGGACAGUCGUCUGCUUGUGUACCCGCUGUACAUCUGCUGCAAUUUCUUGUACACAUCUCCUGAGAAACGGGCCGAAUCAGAAGGUCAGCUGGACAACACUGACAGCUAAGAAGACAAUUGCAGACAAAGAUCUCAGAGUAUAAUAAUUAGAAAGGGAACGUUUAUUUUUUUGCUGUCUGGUUUAUUUUAUUGAACUGUUUGUGCUCUAGUUCCAGUAUUUGACCUAUGCUGUGGGGUUCUGCAGCUUGUAAAGCGUUUUUCUAUUGAAUGUAAGGAAUGUAACAUUGAAUGAACCAGGGUACAUUUAUGAAUUCUAGGGCAAAGGAUAAAGAGUAAUAUGGCUCUUGGCAGCUAGUCCCGUUCUGAUCAUUUUAAAGAAACAGGAUUUGAGGGGAAUUCCCCAGAAAAACUAAAAUUGUUAUCUGAGACAGAUCCCUGUAAAAACACGGGACCUCCCUGCCCACACAAGUGUUUUAAGGGAAUAUAGUCUGCCAAAAAAACAAUGGUUGUCAGAGAAGAGAAUCAUUGCAGUACAUAGUCCUGCUGCAAUACCAGAUUAUAGCAGCAGAUGAUAGUCUAGGCAAAUUGUGCAAAUUCCAAUGAAAGUUUAGGUGAAAUCUAUGAACUAUGUUCAGGAGAAGAACCCUUUGUAUUAAAUACAAUCUGUCAUUUUGUUAUUUAUCUGGCUCAGCUGAGAUUAUUUUCUUCAUAUAGACAGACGUAAUGAAUCCUGGAAUUCAUGACAGCCCCAAGAAAUUUCCUCAACAUGGUACAUUUGUCUUGGAACUUAUGUGCGCUCUGGCAUUAGGAAAAUUUGAUAUAUUCACAACUGAGCCAGGUUAACCAGUUAGUAAGAUACCAUUUUUAGCAUUGUGGGAUCCCAAACUGCUGACUUUCAGUUUUUCUUUGAACUUCAGUUAGAAAAUCAGAGCUAGGACCUAACCUUGGUCAAUGUAUAGCUUUCUUUGCUCUAGUUUUCAAAGUAAAGCAUGUGUCUGCCAAAAGUGCUGCUUUACCAUCGCAAGCCAAAAGUUACCUUAAAAUAUAUAUAUGUGUGUAUAUAUAAUGUUCUGUUUAGACUUGUAGCAGGUGCUUAUUUUUUUAAGUAGCUUUUCAAAGGAACGCAGCAAUCUGCCAUGCAGAUUUUGUUAUUUAUUUUGUAAUAAUGAAGGGUGGCCCAUACAACGCCCAGAACUGGUAAGCAAGAUGUGAGUAUUACUUGCAAGGAUUGGGCUGUGUAGGGCUUCUUCUGGCAGUGAUAAGCUUCUGAAUGUUGGAAGUACAUAUUACAUCACACAGAUUCUCCUGUUUGGAAAUCUCCGUGAUCUGCCAUUUCUCUUUUCUAUGGAACCUAAAAAGUGCUAAUCUUAUGGGGUUGCCAAACAAAGACUGGCAUGCUGUUUAAUGCCUAGUAUUUAACGAAGGAGGAAGGAAAUUUUAAUGUCCUUUUUUUCAUAAUUUUGUUGUAACUAUCCAUGUUCUUUAAAAAAAAUAUUAUUUUUUUCAGACAAA